AUGCCGACUCGUCCAGGCGCUGAGGUGCUCGCCUCUGGACUUGGCGCCGCCGUCACCGACACACUCUUCAACCCGCUGGAGAUGCUCAAGGUACGGGUUCAAACGUCGGAGACGACCGCGCCCAGCGCCGCCCGCGCUGUCUAUGCAAAAGGCGGCCUGUGGCUGCUGUGGUCUCCGGGACUGCAGGCGACGUGGGUGCGCUCCUUCUGCGUGACCGGGCUGCGCGUCGGCCUCUACCCGACUGCGCUCGUCGGCGCCGACUCGCUGGGACAAAAGCUCGCUGCCGGCGCUGCGACCGGCGCUCUGUCCUCCGCGCUGGCCAACCCGAUCGACAUGGUCGGACUGCCGACGCGGUACGCCUCCACCGCGGCCGCCGCGCUCUCCAUUGUGCGCGGCGAGGGCGGAGUCGGCUCGCUCUGGCGCGGGCUGGGCGCGACGGCGGCGCGGCAGGCGCUGCUCUCCUCGGGGCAGCUGGCCUCGUACGACGGCCUGAAGCAGGCGGCUCGGGGCGCCGGGGCGACGGAGGGCACUCCGCUGCACGUGUGCUGCGCCGCGGCCAGCGGCUUUAUCGGGCAGCUCUUUUGCAUGCCGGCCGACGUGCUGAAGGUGAAGGUGCUGAGUGGCGACCACGGCUCAGUCUCCGCCUGCUUGCGCCACACCCUGCAGCACGAGGGGGCGGCGGGGCUGUACCGCGGCUUCUUGCCGGCCGUUGUGCGGCAGUGCCCCGUCAUCUUGGUCCAGAUGCCUUUGAUCGAGCAGAUCCGAUGCGUGGCGGGGCUAGGGCACAUCUAG